AUUCCCUACAGCCUACUGAUAGCAACUUUUGUUUCUAUUCAGAAAAAUGUGCUCAAACAGGCUUUAACACACAUACAGGCCUGUCGUGAUCUUUGUAGACGAAUCAACGCCGGGAGACAGGCAUCAGGGCGUGAUGAUAUCGCCAUCUUGUUGACACUCUAUGAAUUCGAAGCGAAGGCAAAACUGGGAGAAAGUGACGCUAGUCUGGAGUCAUGCCUUCAGAAGGCAAUAGCACUACCAUAUUGUGAAGCCAAGACGUUCGAAACUUUAGCAGCACUAGCAGUCGAACCGCCUGCCUUCUAUAAAGACAUCAGUAUGAAGUCACUUCGCCUUGCGGUGAAGAAGCACAAGAAUUCAAACAGUGUAGACUUCAACAAACUGAGUAAGGUUUAUCACAGUCUCAUUGAGAUGUCUCUAAACGCUGGUAGCAGUAGUGACGCCAACAGUAAAGAGGAGGCCUGGGGUAUCUAUCAGGAGAUACUAGAAUGUAUAGAUGACAAUGAAAAGGCAACCUACCCGGAAAUGGAAGCUAUAUGGCUGAUGACAAAAGCAUGGAACUGCGGGAUUCAUCUAUUUAGCUCUGGUCGGCUCAAAGCUGCCGAGAAGUGGUGCGCAACAGCUAUGCGACUAUUGCAGCAGUUGAAUGGCUUUAAAAACAACUACGAAUCUAAGAAUGAUGGAAAUAUCCCAUCCAAGGUUCACGUUCAAGUCGAAAAUGGAUCCUUUUCCUUUUUAAUAUCCUCGUCACCAGUCCACAUGCCUUUUUUAGAAUGAUGGAAGUGAAACAUCUUGAAUUCUCGCACGCGUUCGUACUCCAUACCAGCCCCCACGACCCUCUCCAUUAUAUCCCAGUCUUCUCCACCCCAUUUGUUUUUAAACUUCUCUUCGUCUAGACCACCAAUUCGAUCCCAAUCUGACUUGUACAUGGCUAUCAGGCCAUACCCUUGUUGUUCCCAGAAACCAUURGGAUCCACUGGGGAGUGGCCGGGGCUUAGUCUGAUGAUGACUGGAGAGUAGACGCUUCUUCCCUCGAAACAAUGCUACCAGAAUAAAGAAAAAGUCAUUAUAGUAACGUUAAACCAUAGGCAGC